AUGCAAACAGAACGAUGAAUUCGUCUGAAAGCGUCCCGGAUUACUUAGAUAAAAAUAUAUUCCCGACUUUAUUAAAUGCGAUGAAGGAAAUGUUAUUCGAAGCUGAUCGUCGAAAUGCGUUAGAAACACAUAAGUGCUCCUUCAAUGGAUUGGAUUAUCUCGCGGAGAUCCUUUGGAACCGAAACUCGCGGCAUCCGAGCAGAUUGUGCACCUGGCGGGACGUGUUUAAUAUACCACAGUUUAGGCUAUGGCUAAAGUCGCAUCCCAGGCCAAUUUAUCCGAAAUCGUGGCUGUGGACCAAAGAGGAGGCCGCCUCACGCAUACAGAGACACGUUCGCGGGUGGCUCGUUAGAAAAAGGACGGACGUUCAGGAGAUGCGUCAGUUUUGGAAGGUAUAUUGGUAUAAUCAAGGAAUUAAAAUACGAAUAACGGUCUCUCUCGUAUAAAUUGUAGGUCAUCCGCGC